AUGCUUGAAGGUGUUGGCGAAACUACGAUUGCCUUGAUGGUAGCAGAUACGCUUGACGGCUCUGCUGCGUGUAAGACUGUAAUCACUGAGAUUCGAGAUAGUGGCAUAACUGUGGACAUGGACUUCCCUGUUGAGGAUAGUCUCCAAAUGAUAGCCGCCUGUCGAGACUGCUUAUUGGCACUGGGGAAGAGCGGCAAGGUUUACAGCGUUGCUACUGCACAGUCCGAAUGCCCGGCACCUCGUGGAGUUGGAGGUGCGGCGAAUCUCCCAGAUGGGAACAGCUGGGCAGAGAUACCAUCAUUUCGACACAUCAGGGUUGGCCAUGUUGCCUGUGGGGCCGGCGGCGCCUGCUUUGCUAUUACUCACAGUGGCGACGUAUAUUCUUGGGGGAAGAGCUUCUCGGGGGAAGCGGCAAAUUUGGGGUCCAUCAGCUCAGUGCCGAGAUGCUCGAAUCGUUUGACGAAGUUGAAGAUCGGCGAGAAGCUUUCAUCGAGCGACCGACCACUCUUUGUGGUUCUGCCCAAUCAGUCUGACAAGGAGAACUGUGAUGACGAUGAUGACAGAAAGGGUAUUGUUGUUGGUGUUGCUGCUGGCUCUGCUCACUCCGUCCUGGUCGACAGAAAUGGAAAUGCAUAUAGAGAAGUCACUCAUGCUGCUGCUGGCAGUCUAUUCACAGCACUCUGGGGGGUCGGCGUUGCGACGAUAGCCUCUCGAGGAGCCAAGGGCAUGUUCUAUGCUGGAAUCAAGGACAACUCGAGUGGGCGCAUAUCUUUUCGCUUUCCUGACUUGUCUCUCUCUCCACUGAUGCCGCUGGUGGAAUCGUCAAGGACCGCUGUCUUCGUGGGCGUGCAGUUAUCAUUGGACGAAGGGCUGUCGUGGACAACUUUGGAUGAGAACUCGCCGAAAUUAGCGAUUUUCAAGUUCCCCAGCAGGCAACUUGUCGUGAGUAUUUCCUACGUGGUGCCCAACUGUGCCUCAAUGGAUGGCGGUGCUCCGUUGACGAUUUACCUCCCAGGAGCUCCCGACCUGACUAUCGACCACCAGGAAGCUGUGCGAAGCAGCCAAGCUGUUCUUCCUGAUGAUCUCCCGGACGAGUCGUUGGUGGUAGUCUUCACGAUAGGCCGCUCCUGCCAGUCGUGGGAUACUGAUUUUGAUAACGUGUACGCUGACUCGGCGAUGCUAGCUGAUGCUAAGCCGAGGGAGAACGUGAACAUUCGAGUAGCAGGUUGGAGAUCUAUAAAUGGCGUAUCGUGCAUUUCCCCGUCUUUCGACUCGGACAUCAUCACCGACUCUACUGCUACCGUCUCGGUGCAAGUAUUUUCGUUUGCGAUCGAUCGCAUCGUCCCUGCUGUGUGCGAGGCGACGGUCACGACGGAAAUGAAAAUUGUCUUGGGUGGCCGGAUGCCGGUGGUGACGAAGAAGCCGCGAGUUGGAGUUGUCCUGCCUGGGAAGGCCAAUUCCUCGGGACGGAGACCCGCAAUGAGGGAAAUAACGGAGGUGAUGGCGAAGAUACCUCCUACCGAGAACAAAUGGCAGGGGCGGUCAGAGGAUACUACCAUUGACGUCACCACUGUGAAGCCGGCGGGGACGCGGAUGUGUAUAAAGCUGAUGGCAGGGGACUUACCGGUAGAUUUGGAGUAUGAGGAUGCGAGGGUGAGGUUGAGAUACGCGACUGAGGUUAGAAGUGAGGGAGGGGAUGAUGAAGAAAGGCAACCGAUCGAUUUGGAAGUGAGGGCGGAAGUCCUCUUCUAUGGAGAGGAGAGCAUCCCAGUGCUUGCUUUCACAACGCCCAUUGUCACUACGUCACAGUUGGGUGUUGAGACUGUUGUCGGGACGGUGGUAGCGUUGGAGGUGUCCUUCGCUGUGGAUGGACAGCACUACCAUGAGGUUGUUGGUGAUGAUGAUGGCGAAGCUGUAAAGUUUCUAUGUGAGGUAUGUGCGGAUGAUGGCCAUGACGUUAGCAAGUGA